GCGUAUUGUUAUUGUGUCUGAAUUCUUCUCUUAAUUUUGGUACAACUCGCCAAUGAUUCUGUAGUCUAGUCAUAUGCAAACUUUCAGCGGUUGGAUCCUGCUUUAAACUCAGACCAUUUAGUGCCUGUCUCAAUAUAAAAUGUUAUACCAACAAUCAUCAACAGUGAUGAACGGAGGGUGUCGGCCGUGCGAGCUUGCUCCGUAUAAACAUCAUCAGUAUAACAUCCCUUCCUCAUUCAGGCAUUCAAUCAAACAGUUGGUGGCUCAUCUUGUCGCUAAGACUAUUCCCCUGAAACUCGCCUCCAACAUCCAUUCCACAAUCUACAGUCCACAUUUAUUCAUUCAUUACGCCUUUCAAAUCACGCUUCCCUUGGAAUCAUCAUUUGCUUUCUCAUAUCACAAGCAAAUGAGCGCCAGCAUUUUGGUGGCAGAGGCAACCUGGCAGGAAAUCCAGUCAAAAUGUUCAGUGACCGACGAUCAUCUUUGGACUUUGCUCUUCAUAUUUGGCAAGAACUUUGAGCGUGCCACCAGAAUUGUGGAUCAAAGAGGUGUCAAGAAGAUUUCUGGGCAGCCCAGCGGAAGAUACAUCUUCCAGGUGAUGGGAGAAUCCAGAAGAAAAGAGGAGUAUCUGUGUUUUCCUGAGAACUUCUGCUCCUGUUAUGCCUUCUUCUAUGACGUUGUCAACAGAGGAGAGCAGCUUUGUUGUAAACAUCAAUUAGCUGCAAGACUUGCUGCAUCAUUAGGAGCUUACUUGGAAGUGAAGGUGUCUGAUGAGGAGCUAGCUAUGUUGCUAUCCAAGCUAUAGGGCAUUCUUCCGAACGUUUCCCAGACACAGAUUAUACAAACAAGAUCUUUUACAUUCAUAGAGAUGAAUGCACAUAUAAUCCACUAAAGAAUAAGUCUAAAAUAGUAUAAACCUCAUACAUGAUUUUAUUUUUAUUGCUUUUUUGGGAUGUAUAACUAUAUAGAGAAUUUGCUUGUGAUAUGGAACAAUGUAUACCAUGACAGUGGCCUGUUCCUUUGUUUUGGUUUAGAGAAA